AUGAGUUUCACGAGGUUGAGAGUGUCCGAGGUCUCUGUAAACGGACGUCGUGAUUUUUCUGGACACCCCUCUAGGAGUUUGUGGUUCAACCUGCGGAAUUUAAAGGCAAAAUGGCGACAGGGUGAUGGAUGGCAGCCGAAUAUCCAGCACUUAACCGAGUGUCAUGGCGAUCUUGUCGUUGCCUACAAAUUUCCAGCGUCGGAGAGGCUGGCGAUCACAUGUCUGGAUGGUGCCACUGUUUUGGAAACUAUUGAUGCUGUCUCUGCCAUGGCAGCAGUGAGAAGUAGUGCCGAGAAAGAGGUGGAAACCGCUGAAUAUUGCACUCAGGAGCUGUCAGGCUCUCACACUUCCUCUCCCACCACCUCUACCUGCAACAACAACAACAGCAGCAGCAGCAGCAGCAGCAGCAGUGUGGGACCACAGCAGUGCCAAUCUUUGGACAGUCACCAAAGCCUUUUAAAUGGAGCACAGCCGAACCCAUUUGUCUGUGGCAGUGUCCUGGCUGCCCCCUGCACAGAUGAUUCAUUGCCUUCAGGAGCACUUGUUAAUGGAUCUGCUUCACACUGUACCUCAGAGGAACCCCACGUCCCCAACAAGGAUUCGUCCCCUUUGCCUGGGACAGACACCAACCCUGAGGUGUUGGAGCCUCCCUGCGAGCUUCAAUCAAACACUUGGCGAAAAGCAGAAGGGCACGUUCUGAAAGCACCAUCCACACGGACCCUAUCCGAGUCGGACAACAGCGACUCUGAGACUCCCUUGGUGGGGAACGAUGCAGAUAGCGGGGCAAUCAGCCGGGUAGGGACAAACAACAGCGUCAAAGCAGGAUCCUUGUGGGAUGUUGUUGAUUCCGAGUCCGAGUUGUCAGAAAGCUCCUCUGACAACUAUGAUGGCCUAAACAGAAGCCUUCGAGAGAAGUUUAUGUGCUUCCUGUUGAAAGGCAGGAUACUUGAUGAAGUGGUGAAAGGAAAGAUAAAGGUGGGAGGCCUUCAGUCAGCCAGCUCAAGGAGGAGGAAACGAAAAACAUGCAGAGUUAAAAGGAUACCAAUGGAGGAAAAAGUUAACGAGGGCUUCAGCUGUGCCUCCCUUAUUAACAUGGACUUGGAUUUUGAGUCGUCUGUUAGUGAAGAACGUUCCUUGAGGCAGGAGUCGGAAAGUUUGAAAGCACACAUAGACUCGCAUCUGGGGAAUUCCCAAGACAAGAAGAACUUAAUUUCAAGUGAGAAUGUAGGCAGGCCCAAUGAAGCAGACACCUACGUGGGUGGCCAACCUAUGCCAUUAAAGAGACAGCUGGAAAUAGGCUUGGAGUCAGAGCAGUCGUUCUUCCAAUGCACAAAGUGCAAUGUUAAUUUCAAGGAGAGAAAGCAUUUGCAUAGGCAUAUGAUGUAUCAUUUAGAUUGGCAUAAUCAGGUAGGGCAAGCAAGCAUCCUUUGCCCCUUUAUAUGCAAAGAGUGUGGGCGUUCGUUCUGCGAGCGUUCUUCCUUGCAGAAGCACAUGCUGAUCCACCAGGUGCGAAGGGAGAGGUUGAUGGAGGAGAUUAAAGAUCUGAAUGACCUGAGAAGCCAGGGAGGAGAAGCUCGGCUGCAGUGUCCCCAGUGUGCUUUUAGAACUAACUGUCCACAAACAUUCAUCGAUCAUGCCAAGACCCAUGAAAAGGACAAACAUUAUUACAGUUGUGAAGAUUGCAGUCACAUGGUGUUGAGCAAGUCAGAUAUGGAAGCACACCAACAGAUCGCUCACCUCCGUGCAUGCCAAGGAAGAGUCAUAAAACCACUGGGCAUGCUUAUUUGCAAAAUUUGCACAUUUAGAACAAAGUAUAGAGACAUUUUAAGAAAGCACCUGGAACUCGUACAUGACCAGCCACUUUGUGAUUAUGAACUUCAGUCACACAAUAUGGUAGCUGACCCUGCAGGGUCUGUGUCCAAGCAGGACAGAGUAACGGGCCAAACUGAAGCAGACAACUUCUCUCCAAAGUUCCUCAGAGAGAAGCAGAAAAAAAGUGGAGCAGGGCUGUCCACAUGGUCCGGUGGCCUUGCUGACCUUUUCCUGAGCGAUAAGGGCACACAAAAAUCCUGUAAAAGUCUGAGCUCUUCACUGGUCAAAUGGAGCAUUGGCAGCUUAGCAAACAACCUGUCACCAUCUUCCCUGCAAUGUGACAAGCCAAGUAAAUUAUCUCAGCCUACAGAGAGAAUAAAUGUGACAACAGGUCUCUCCUAUGUUGAAGAGGACAAUCAAGAAUGUGAAAAUGUUGUCUCCAAACAGAACACAAAAUAUCUCUCCAGGUUUGACAUGAAUCUUGCGAUCAAGUCUGCAAUCUCCAGCAAAGCUGUACGUCUGGACCACGAUGUUGUUAACACUUCCAAAGAUCCCUCACCUGGAAGCAGUUUAGCAGUACAGAAACAAAAAUCUCCCUCUAAAAGAAAAAUGUCCAUUCCAUAUCACAACACUCCUAAGAAAAUUCCAAUGAUUUUACCAAAUCAUGCAUCGCCAACUCCAGAAAGGCUUGAUAUUUAUUCUUCGCACAGUGGUAACUACAAUGGCACGAAUUUUGAUUAUGCCAAUCAGGCAAAUGAUGCCAGUUAUCCCAGUGAGGGCAUAGCACACUUCCUGGAUAGCAGCGAUGCCACUGACCCCGUAACCCAGCAGGGAUAUUUCCUUAAAAAUGACAUCCAUGACUCUCCCGAUCAGUCAGAUCUUGAUAGCAACGUGGAAGACGAUGAUGAGAUCAGCACACUCGUAGUGAAAGAAGAGAACAUGGAGAGUGCUGUGAGCGAGGACAAUCCAGAGUGUACCGAUCCUAAUCUCAGUGAUUCUUACAGCAGCUACUGCGUGUCCCCCGUGUUUGAACCAGAUCGGAAAUGCUGUCCGUAUUGUCCUGCUGUGUUUGAGUCCGGGGUGGGUUUGUCCAAUCACAUCAGAGGACAUCUGCAUAGAUGUGGCUUAAGCUAUGAGGCUCGUCACAUGCUGUCACCUGAACAGGUGGCGUCUCAGGACCGGCAGCCUCGCAUUCGCAGAAGAACACCCUCCCUGAGCAACAGAAUCAGGAGAGAUAAACCUGAGUCUCAGACUGAACACACCUGCCCCCUGUGUCUGGGAUGGUUCGAUACUAAAACCGGCCUGUCCAAUCAUGUGCGGGGUCACCUGAAGCGGAUCGGCAAGCCAAUCUCAGGUGUCAGCAAGUCUCCCUUGUGCAUCCUCACCGAACUCCUGCAGGACGAGAACGAGCACAGGAACAUUCUCCGAGCACUUGAGGCCAAACCUCGCAUCUCCAGACCUUUCGUUUCCCAGACGUUUGCAGGAAGCGAGGGCCUGUUUCUUACACCUACUGGGGUCCCAGUGAAGAUCCAGCACUCUGCUAACAGACUGGUCUCUGAGGAGGGUGAGAAGAGGAAGAGGAGAGAGGAGAAGAUGAAUGAGAACAGUGAAAGCACUUUAGUAGAACUUCUUAAAAAGCAGAGACUGGACCAGAAGCUGGCUGUCACAUGCCACUCUAAGACUGCCAGAGCUCGUUUUAUUGUUUCUCCAUCCAAGAAGAUUUCUCCUGAAGCUCUACCGGACUCCAUAUGUAGCCAAGGAAAAUUUGAUGGAAAGAAGAUUUGUAUCCACUGUAAUGCAACUUUCCACAGCGGGGUCAGUCUGUCCAAUCAUCUUAGGGCUUAUGCACGCAGGAAGAGGAUCGCCAUGCUGGAGGGAACGUCCUAUGAUUGUAAUCAGAAACUGCCUCGGUCGAGGUCUGGGCCAAAGAGGAAGGCGUUCCACGCUCUACACACCACCUCUGAAGUGAUCUACACACUGACAUGCAGGUUCUGCGAUCUGGUCUUCCAGGGUCCGCAGUGUGUGCAGGAGGACUGGCUGAAGCACCUGCAGAGACACCUCAUGCACACUGCUGUCAGAGGCACAGGCACUGGGAUGGUAGAGGUGCCAGUUGUGUGUGAGGAGCCAUGUGCUCCGGACUGUGUCACUCAGGGGCUCUAAAUCACGUUUACACUCAAGCUUUAUUCACAUUACCACUUUUGUGCAUAUGUAAACAGGAAGAUAGGAAGAGACUUGCAGAAAUUUAUUCUAUAUCGAGACAUCUCUGGACAAGCGUAGAAAUUUUUAUAAAUAUAUAUAUAAAAUACACAGUUGCAAUCAAAAUGAUUCAACACCCAUUGCAAAUCAGGUUUAUCUACAGUCUUUCAGCUGUUUGCAAUGAACAGAUCACACAAAUGCUUCAAGUGGUGUCUCCAAAUUCAACUGAAAACACAACUUGUGAUUCCUGCAGUUUCAAAAUUAUUCAACCCCUUCAUAAUGAGUCUUUAUUGAUCACAUAUACUUAUGCACAGUGAAAUUCUUUUCUUCACAUACCCCAGCAUGUCAGGAAGCUGGGGUCAGAGCGCAGGAUCAGCCAUGAUGCAGCGCCCCUGGAGCAGAGAGGGUUAAGGGCCUUGCUCAAGGGCCCAACAGUGGCAGCUUGGCUUAAACCCCCGACCUUCCGAUCAGUAACCCAGAGCCUUAACUGCCAAGCCACCACUGCCCCUUCAUGGCAAGCAUCUUUAGUACUUGGCCCUUUUGCUGUUAUGACCUGCUGCAAACGAGAUGCAGAGCUUCUGGCAGCGUUCCUGAGGAAUCUUGGCCCGUUCCUCAUGAGCAAUGUCCUCCAGUUCAGGAAUAUUCUUGGGUUUGCAUGCUGCAACCGCCGCCUUCAAAACCCACCAGAGAUUUUCUAUGGGGUUCAAGUCAGGUGACUGUGAUGGCCCUGUAGAAUCUUCCAGGACUUCUUCUGCAGCCAAGCCUUGGUGGAAUUUGAGGUAUGCUUGGGAUCAUUGUCCUCUUGGAAGGUCCGAUGACGCCAAAGCUUCAGCUUCCUCACAGACGGCCUGACUUUUUCUCCUAGGAUCUCCUGAUACUUCAAUGAAUCCAUCUUGCCUUCCACAUGCUGCAGGUUUCCAGUGCCAGAGGAUGCAAAGCAGCCCCAGAGCAUCACCGAGCCUCCACCAUGCUUGACUGUGGACAGAGUGUUCUUUCUUCAUUCUUCUUCCUCCAGACGUACCUCUAAUCCAUCAUGCUGAAAAGUUCCAGUUUUGUUUCAUCGCUCCACAGAACAGAAUCCCAAAACUUCUGUGGCUUAUUUAUAUGAUUUUGAGCGACUUUUCUUGUGGGUCAGUAGUGGUGCACAUCUUGGAAUUCUGUCAUGGAAACCUUCUGCGUUUAGUAUGCGCCUUACUGUGCUCACUGAAACCUCGGUUCCUGUUGCCAAGUCUUGCUGCAGGUCUUUUGCAGUCACUCGAGGGUUUUUCACAACCUGCCUUCUCACAAAUCUGGUAGCCGCUGUAGAUAUCUUCCUUUUUCAGCCCCGUCCAGGUAUUUCAUAAAUUUUCUACCCCUAGCCAGUUCAGGUAUUUCAUGUGUUCCAGCUCAAGCACACCUGGUGCAACUAAUGAAGCCCCUGAUUACUUGCAUCAGGUGUGCUCGAGACAACACCUGUUUUGCAUAUUUCUACUGUUCUGAGGGAUUCUCUUCAGUGGGUUGAAUAAUUUUGAAACUGGAGAAAUCAUAAGUUGCAUUUUCAGUUGAAUUUGGGAAAACUUGAAGUGUUCCUUGUGUUGAACUAUUUCAAUUGCUUUUGUUUGAUUUAUUUAUUGCAAACAGCUGAACCUAAAGCUGAACCCAUUUACAAUGGGGGCUGAAUAAUUUUGAUUGUAUGUGCGCAUAUAUAUAUGUAUAUAUAUUACACACACACACACACAUAUCCAGUGCCCUCCACUAAUAUUGGCACCAUUGGUAAAUAUGAGCAAAGAAGGCUGUGAAAGUUUGUCUGUAUCAGGACAAUCCUUAAGAAGUUCUAGUCGACUGGAAAUGUUGGAUCACAGCUGGAGAAUUGCAGAAGUUAGUGGUGUCUUUGGAUCAGAAAGUCUCCAAAGCUACAAUCUGAAGUCAAGAGCACCACAAGUUGUUUGGAAGGGUUUCAAGAAAAAAGCCUGUACUCUCAUCCUAAAACAAACAUGAUCGGGUUCUAUGGUCAGAUGAAACCAGAAUAGAGCUUUUUGGUAAUAAACACCAGAGGUGGUUUUGGAGCACACAGAGAGGCAGCCAUAUGGAAAAGUACCUCAUGUCCACGGUUAAAUAUGGAGGUGGAUCUUUAAUGUUUUGGGGCUGUUUUUCUGCCAGAGGACCUGGACAUUUUGUUAGGAUACAUGGCAUCAUGGACUCUAUCAAAUAUCAACAGAUAUUAAAUGAAAACCUGACUGCCUCUGCCAGAAAGCUUCAAAUGGGCCGUGGUUGGAUCUUCCAGCAGGACAAUGAUCCAAAACAUACAUCAAAAUCAACACAGAAAUGGUUUACUGACCACAAAAUCAAGGUCCUGCCAUGACCAUCCCAGUCCCCUGACCUGAACCCCAUAGAAAACCUGUGGGGUGAACUGAAGAGGAGAGUCCACCAGCGUGGACCUCGAAACUUUUAACUUGUACAUUUACAUACAUUUAUUCAUUUAGCAAAUGCUUUUGUCUAAAGCAACUUACAAAUAAGAAAAUACAAGCAAAGCGAUAUAUCAAGCAGAGAACAAUACGAGUAGUGCUACCAUACAAGAUCCAUUAAUUGAGUUCCAGAAGAAGCAAAGUGCGCAGAGUAGAGGUGUAAGUACCAGAGUAAUUUGGGUUUUUAAAAUUAUUUUUUAUUUUAUGUAAAAAAAUUUUUUGGGGGUUGGUUAAGUGUUGACGGAAGAGGUGGGUCUUUAGCUGUUUUUUGAAGAUUCUGCGGUUUGGAUUGAGGAUGGAAGUUCAUUCCACCACUGAGGGACAGAUAGUGUGAAGGUUCUGGAAAGGGACCGUGAGCCAUGCGGAGUCAGCAAAUUUAUAGAAUCUGGAGAGAUUCUGUAUGGAGGAAUGGUCUCAGAUCCCUUGCCAUGCAUUCUCCAACCUCAUCAGGCGUUAUAGGAGAAGACUCAGAGCUGUUAUCUUGACAACGGGACUUAGAACAAAGUAUUGACUAAAAGGGUGCCAAUAAUUGUUGCACACCUAUAUUUAACAAAGGAUAUACCUAUGUUUGCAAUUGUUCGAUAUCAAUGAGAGUAUUUUUGUGAUAUCUUUUUCUUUUUAACAAAAGAUCAAAAGGUUAAACAAUAAAGAAUUUUUCACAGCCUUCUUUACUUAUUUUUACCAAAGGUGCCAAUAUUAGUGGGUGUGUGUGUGUGUAUAUGUGU